AUGCGCAAUCUGCAAAUUUUAUUAGAGUUUAUCGACUUCUCGACUAUCGUGGAGACAACUGGAUUACCAAACGUUGACUUUGUGGCUGUGACUUGGAACUCGGGCCAAACAAGCUGUUACAUAAUCGCACAGUUUCACAUCACAGUCGGUGUAGUUCUCUGCCAAGAGGCCACCGUGCUAGCAGAGUCUGUGAUAGAAUGUUGGGACUCUGCUUCUGAUAUUGUUGCAGAUCUGCUGGCAGACUACUCGCUCACGGCCGGCGCAGUGACUAUAUCUGCCUUGGACGGAUUGAGCGUGACAACCGCAUUCAACUACGGAGAUGAUCCGGCCCUUCACGCCCAGAACAUCUUGAAGCUCGCGUAUCAAGGGAUUUGGAGUUCCAUGACCAACUUCCUGGGUGGAGCUAAAUCCUCACCCACGCCGGUCAAUGACCAAGUGCCAGCAAUCGUCGCUCGAGUCUCCUCUUGGAGAGUUGGCCUUUGGAUAGGAAUGAAUGUCUUGUUGACUUUGGCAAGUAUCAUUCUUUUGACAGUUCAGUCUGGCUGUACAAGAGAUAUUGUAGAGGAUCCGGUCCUAGCCCCAAUCCUGCUCGACUCAUCAGAAGUCAUUGGUGCAGGUCACACGGGACUCUGCAAUCUCAACGUUCUGACGAAAGAAGCUGAUCGGCAAGGGAAACUUCGGUUGCGAUGCUUGAACCGGUCUGUUCCCCAUUGGCAUCAUGACAAGUUAGAAUUGGAGGGAGAAUCAAGUGGACAUGAACAGUAG